UUGGUGAAAUUCUGCUAAAAUAAAAAAUAAAUUAACUAAAAAUGCUGCAAACAAACAAAAUUAAAAUACGGGAUCUUAAAGAAUUGCAAGCGGACGAUGUACUUAUACCCAAAAAUACCUUAACCCCAUUAAGAAAACGAAAAAAUGCUAAAUCCGCCGCUAAAAGUAAAAAAGUGAUCGUGCUGGAGCAAGACAAUAAAAAUAUUAUUGGUGAUAAUACUGCUAAUACAAAUACAGUUACAAAACAAACAACAAAAAACUUAUUAAAAAGCGCCAUAAAAGAAACACCGUCCAACCAAAAACGAAUCGAUUCAUAUUUCACUUCUUGUCCAAAAACUUACGAAAUAAAAUUAGUAACAGAAGAACCGGCAACGCAGUGUGUUAGAACUAAAGUAAAAACUACUGCGAAGAAAACUAAAAGUGCCAAUAAAAAUAAAAAGUCUCCAAGGCGAACAAAACUUAGGCGCAAGCGUUUAUUUAGCGAUACCACAGAUGCAACAGCGGAUCAGAUGUCAAGUGUAAGCUCUAUUAGGGAAAUAAAAUUGCAACCUGUAUGUAUAACCAUAGAUUCGGAUAGUGAAGAUGAGCCUGCUAUUAAAAAUGAAGCUGAAAGUCCGGCCGGCACACCUCAAACUAAAACAAACACUCCACCGGCUACAGUUAUCAAUGUUGUGGAUAAUCCGGCCACUUCCAGCAGUAGAGAAACAUCCCUAGCCAAUAAUUCACAGACAUUUCCAUCAUAUACCUCUGCCUCAUCUUUACCGUUUGGUCUAAGAACGUCUAACACUAGCUGUGGUCAAACCAUACCUUCUACAAAAUCCUCUACUGGUAGGACGAGUGUAACCAGGCGUAAAACCAAACCGUGUCCACCCUAUAAAAUCAUAGAAAACACCACAUUUGCGGUUGAUGCCUUUCAAUUCGGCUAUAUUGAUAACGUUACGCACUAUUUUCUUACGCAUUUUCAUGCUGAUCAUUAUAUUGGUUUGACAAAAUCAUUUGCAAUGCCCCUAUACAUGAGUACGAUAACGGCCCGUUUAUUACGCACCUUUAUACCCGUCCAAGAACAAUACAUCCACGAACUGGAGCUCAAUGAACCCUACAUAAUAAAUGACAUUGAAGUAACGGCACUGGAUGCCAAUCAUUGUCCCGGUUCGAUUUUAUUAGUUUUUAAAUUUCCCCAAACCAACAAAUGUAUACUACAUACUGGCGAUUUUAGAGCCUGGCAUGGCAUGGAAUCAGAGCCAAUAUUUUGGAAUAAUCCAAUACACACCAUCUAUUUGGAUACCACUUAUUUAUCAGAUAAAUAUUCCUUCUGUACACAAGAUGAAUCCAUAACAAAGGCAAAAGUUUUAAUAGAACAAUUUAUUGAAAAGCAUUCCGGCAAACGUAUACUCUAUAUAUGCGGUUCGUAUAUUAUAGGAAAAGAGAAAUUCUGGUCAAAAUUGGCAGAAGACUAUGAUUUAAAAGUGUGGGCUGAAGGUAAUCGUUAUAAGGCUUUAAAGGCCAUAAAUGAAGAGCAAUUUAAUAGAAUACUGGUGGAAGAUCCAUAUGAGGCGAAUAUGCAUGUUUUGGCAAUGGCAAAAGUAACAUAUUUAGAAUUAGUGGAAUACUUCAAAUCAUAUCAACAUCUAUACGAUAUAGUGUUCGCUAUACGGCCUAGUGGUUGGGAGAAGAAUAGUAAACCUCGUUAUGGUGGUAAAAUCAAUAUAAUAGGCAUUGAGUAUUCGGAACAUUCCAGCUAUACAGAAAUGCAGCGUUUUGUUAAGUAUCUAAAACCUCAACAGGUUCUUAGUACAGUGCCGACGGGUAAAGAUCUCAUGAAAACUGCUAAGAUACCAAUAAACUGGUAUAAAUACAAUACACUGAAACCAACUAGCAACUAUCAGCCCUCCAUUGAUAGUUUCAUGGCUAGAACACCUCUAACAAAUUCCUCUUUAAGAUCACUCAGUACAAGAAGAGGUAGUGUGGAAAACAUUGUAUCACCCUUAAAAUCUAUUACACCCAAUAAUGGCGAGAUUAAUAAUAAUUUUGAUACUGCAACAGCUAUAUCUUUGGUUUCUUCAAAACCUACAAAAACCAAAGAAAUUGAUAAUGAUAUUAAAACAGAAAUCAAUUCUACACAAACACUAAAUCAAUUAAAUUCCUAUAAUUUUCUGCUUAAUACACCGCAUCUGACCCGAACAACAACUUCAAAAUGUUCUGCCAACUCAACGGAGGAUUUUGAAAGGCCUGAUCUGGUUAUUAGCUUAAAAAAAUUGCAGCGUAUUAAAAAGGAAGUAAAUAAUAAAAAGCAAACCAACAAUACAGUUAAAACUAAAACAAAAAAGUCGGAAAAAACACUUGCUUAUACGACCAGAAAACUGCAGCAGACAAAUAACAAUAUUAAAGAAAGAAAUAACUUAAAUAAUUCAGAAGAUUCAGCCGAUUUAUUCCAGCCUGAAAAGAACAAAGCAAAAGAAAAUCCUAUAUUGAAAUCUACCACAACUUCAACAUAUUCCUUAUCCGACGAUGAAUUACCAACGACCAGCUAUAAGAAAUCCAAGACACUAGCAAGCAGCGGAAAAAGCACAAAGAAAAAAUAUGACAUCAUUAAUGAUUCAAAUGUAUUCAAUCACAAUUAUUUGCCGGAUAUUAAAGAAGAAUCGGAAGAAAUAAACACUGAUGCAAAAGAAAACAUUGAAAAAGAAACAGGAUUCUACAAAUAUAAAAUGUCUAAACAAAAUUCAACAAAACAGUUUAAUAUUUCUAACAAAACCCAUGAAAAUGAACAAAAUUUAAUAAUUAACUUAUCACAAAAACGAAUCACUAGAUCCAAAAGUAAUUCCAGCAAAGCUACCACAUCCUCUCACACAUCCCAAAAUAACAAUGAACAAGAGUUUGAAAACAAAUUGCUAAAAAUAACACAGAAAAAUAAUAAAAUGAUCAACAAUAGAUCUCAACAAAACUCUACAAGAAUUUUAGGUAAAGCUAAAGAAAAUCCUAUAUACAAAUCCAAUACCACAACAUCAAUAGAUUCCAGGUCCGAGGAGGAAUUGCCAAUCAACAACAUUUUAACCAAACAAUUUAUAACUAACACUCUAACAAGCAGUGAAAGAAGCUCAGAGGAAGAAAUGCGAAAUACGAAAUACAUUAAAACGGCUAUAAAAAGAAGCAACUCUAAUCAUAACUCAACGCCUUUUAAGAAGAAAUCUACUACACUCAGCCUAGAUGCCACAGCUAUUUUGAAUAAUAUUCUUGAGCAUAAUGAGGAUUUCGAUAGAUUCAACUGUUCACAACUGGCUGGUCUAGUGGUGGAAAAGCUUCAUAAAAACAAUCCUGAUAAUAGUAAAGAUCAUAUACCCAGCGAGUUGCUAUCAGAUGCAGAUGAUGAUUGGAUGUAAUUAUCAGGCAAAUUGAUGAAUUUAAAUUCAAAUGAAAAACCAUAUGAGAACUCAUUUCAUCUGUGAUUUUGUCCUUGUGGUUAUAUCAUUAUUUCUUUUAUAAGUAUCUUUAAGUUUAUGUUAUUUUGUAUUAAAGUUUAAAUCUAGUUGUAUUUACACAAAAUUCGCUUAAAUAAGUUGAAGCAGAUAAAUUUUCCAAAAAAACUUUUAAUCUUUAAAAUCAUUUUCUUUGUUUGUGUUGCGUAUAGCUCUCUAUAUUUUUGUAUGUAUGUAGCUAUCUAUAGUUAUUAUCUUUUUUAUAUAAAAUAAAUAAUAUUUUUUUAAAACUUUUA